CCUAUCAACGACCCUCAUAACGACCCUGUGCUCGGCUCGGCCUCCUCGGCUUGAUAAUUAAUGACACAUGUGUUGCUCACGGCGCGGCAGGAAACCGAAAGUAAGAGCUGCGCCUUGACUUUCAUUUUCACUUCCAAACGGGCUGAACUCAACAAGUGCAGUUGCGACAUGUGACUGCGUCUUUACCUUGUGUGCUUUUUGUUUUUCUGGUGCGGUGUUUCUGUUUAGUUUUUUCUUCUUUUCUUUUUUUCCCAUUUCACGAGAAACUCAGGAGGCAAACGCAUCUCGGAAGAUUUGUAAUUUUCCAAAUGAUUCAUGUUGGCGCCCUGUGAGGGGUCGUUCGCUUCAGUGAGAUGGACAGGGGGGGGGUGCAUAAUCUGGGGUCGCACUAGGAGCUAGUGUGUGUGUUUUUCCCUAUGUAGGUUUCUGUGUGCUUGACUAAUGAACAGAGCAUUAGGUCGGCCACACCAUGAAGAUGGAGGAAGAAGCCAAGAUGCGCCUUCGAGACUGGUUGAUUGCCCAGAUAGACAGCGACCGAUACGAAGGGCUGAGCUGGGAGAACGCGGACAAAACGCUGUUCAGGAUCCCGUGGAAGCACGCCGCCAAGAAAGACUACAACCAGAACGAGGAUGCAGCUCUUUUCAAGGCCUGGGCUGUGUACAAGGGUAAGUACAGGGAAGGACGGGAUAAAGCUGACCCCACAAUGUGGAAGACACGCCUCCGUUGUGCACUCAACAAGAGCACAGACUUUGCAGAGGUCCCUGAAAAGAGCCGGCUGGACAUUUCUGAACCCUACAAAGUAUACUGUAUCUGUCCAGAUGUAAACCCAGUCAUCCCAACAGAGUUGCUGCAGAAUGAGAGUCAGAUGAAGGUCCAGGUGAGGAGGCCCAGUUCUCCUCCGAAGAACCCCCUACUCCCGUACCCACAGCUUCAUUGUCAAUGGGAACCAUCUGAAGGAAUGCAGGAACCAAGGAACAUGAAUGAGGCUCUGUUGAGGGAACACAUGUACUGUGAGUUUGGAAAAGGUAAACCACGUAGCUCUGCUCCUCUGGUGCACCCCAGCCUCACAAACUCCAUAUCUGACUUUCGCAUGCAGGUGAGAUUAUUUUACCAAGGCCAGGUGGUGACUGACGUGAACACCAGCAGCCCAGAUGGUUGUUUCAUUCUCCAGGGCAGCUUUACUUUGGGAAAUGAGAAGAUCUAUGGGCCGUGCAGCGCCCAACAGCUUUCCUUCCCUAUGCCAGAACUGGUGCCCCUGCAGCCAGGCAUAGCCGACACAAUGGGCAGCCUCCUGUCCCAUCUGGAGAGGGGUGUCCUACUAUGGGUGGCCCCAGAUGGAGUCUUUAUCAAAAGGUUUUGCAGGGGUCGUGUAUAUUGGAGUGGUCCAAUGGCCGAACACACUGACAAACCCAACAAACUGGACAGAGAGAGGACCUUCAAGCUGCUUGACAUGCCCAUAUUCCUCAACGAGGUCCAGCAAUUCCGGCAUAGGAUGGGACCACCACCCCGGUAUAAGAUUGAGCUUUGCUUCGGGGAGGAGUUUCCAGACCUCAGCAUGCCCAAAACUCAAAAGCUAAUCCUGGUAGAGGUGGUACCCUUGUUCGCAGUAGAGCUGCUGCAGAGCUCACACAUGGGAGAGACUGUGGAGAAGCAGCACGCUCACACCCUGAACACGAAGAAAGAGGCGAUGUAGCGGGGCCGAGCCGACCCUGCAGCCAACCCGGCCCUGCACCGCAGUUAAGCGUCAACAGCAUCAGGGAGUAGGAAUACUCUACUUCCCUCCGGCAUCACUCUCAUCAACACACCCCAUCCAAUGAACAACUAAUAUUCCCAGUGGAGAUGUAUAUUGGUGGAAGGAAUUAUGUAACGAUUGUUGCAGCAUUAUGAAUCUAUUCACAGGGCUGAAUGUGAAAAUUCAAUGUAAUGUUCUUUCCUGCUGACUUUAAAGUUAAUGUGAUUUGCUUGUCUGCGAUGCAGCUUGGGAAAUAAUAGUUAAUAGUUGCACCAAAAAAGAAAAGAAGAAAAAAACAGUGAACAACCUAAAACCCUUUUUGGUUCGACUGUUAAAUCAGUGUUCAAUGAUGCCCGUAUUGAUACCAAUUGCGUAAAUGUGUUUUUGCUGUUUUCUCACAAGGAAUAAAAAUCACACUUCCA